AUGGGCCUGGUUGAGGUUGUCCUGGAGCACGUCUCCAUCAAAUCAGUCGCCCUCGUCAUCCUCGUCGCCCUCGUCCUCCGGCUGGUGCUCGCCCGUGUUGACGAGCAUCGGCGCAUCAAGCGCCUCGGAAACUAUGGCCCGACCAUCAAGAACUAUGCCCCGUUAGGCAUCGACUUCAUGGUCAGGAGUAUCCGCGCCUACAAUCGGAAUGAGAUGCUUAAGCUUUGGUUCGACCACUACUUUGGCCCAACGGGCUCCUGGACUGUCGAGACGCGCCUCGUCAACCAGCGCCUCAUCUUCACCGCCGACCCGGAAAACAUGAAGGCUAUGCUGGCGACGCAGUUUGGCGACUACGGCAAGGGCGAGGACUUCCAUCGGGAGUGGAAGGAGUUCUUGGGCGACAGCAUCUUCACCACCGACGGCGCCCAGUGGCAGAGCAGCCGUCAGCUCAUCCGUCCCCAGUUCACCCGCGACAGAGUCAGUGACCUCGACUGCUUCGAGUCCCACGUCGAGACGCUCUUCCAGGCCAUGGCCAACGGAGGGCCCCUAGACGGCAGCCGCCAGGGCCUCGUCGACCUCUCCCAGAGCCAUGGCCGCGUCAUUGAGAUCUCGAACCUCUUCUACCGCUACACCCUCGAUGUCGCCACCGACUUUCUCCUCGGAGCCGAUGUGAAGUCGUUGAGCACCCCCAAGCAAGAGUUCGCUGAGGCCUUCGAUGAGGUGCAGCGCAUCCAAUGCAUCAUGAACCGUACCUCCAAAUUCCGCUUUCUCUUCCCCAAGUCUCGCUACCGCGCCUGCCUGCGCGUCGUCAACGACUUCGUCCACAAAUUCAUCGACCGGGCCCUGCGCCUGACCCCCGAGGAGCUCGAGGCCAAGGACAAGAACUACACAUUCCUGCACGAGCUCGCCCGCUUCUCACGCGACCCCCAGUUCAUCCGCGACCAGAUCGUCGCCGUCCUGCUUGCUGGCCGCGACACCACUGCUGGCACCCUCUCCUGGGCCAUCUACGAGCUGGCCCGCCACCCCGCUGCCGUCGCCCGCCUGCGCACCGAGAUCCUCGAGACCGUCGGCUCUGACCGGGCCCCGACGUAUGAGCACCUCAAGAACAUGCCCUACCUCAAGGCAGUCCUCAACGAGACGCUCCGCCUCUAUCCCGCCGUCCCCUUCAACCUCCGCCGUGCCCUCGUGGACACGACCCUACCCCGCGGCGGCGGGCCCGACGGCUCCGAGCCCCUGCCCGUCCUCAAGGGCACCCCCAUCGGCUACUCGCCCUUGGUCAUGCAGCGCCGCCCCGACCUCUUUCCGCCCGCCUCCGACUCGUUAGCCGACCCGGCCGUCUUCAGCCCUGAGCGCUGGGCCAACUGGCACCCCCGGCCCCACGACUACAUCCCCUUCAAUGCGGGCCCCCGUAUCUGCAUCGGUCAGCAGUUUGCCCUCACGGAAAUGAGCUAUGUCCUGUGUCGCAUGUUCCAGCGUUUCGCCCGGGUCGAGAGCCACAUGCAGCCCAUUGACGGCGGCGAGCCCGCCAUCAAAAUUGACAUUACGGUGACGCCGGCCAAAGGCGUCCGCGUUGCGUUUUAUGAGAACGAGUGA